AACAACUAAAUCACAAAAUGUUAACGAAUUCGUUAACAUUCUCUGCUAAUAUGGUGCUAAGUAAAUAACAAUGAGAAAAUAUACACAAUUUCUUUAAUGUUUCUCUUUAAAAUGGGCAAAAUUAUUCUGUUGAGUCGAUAUGCAACAAUAUCUAAUAUUAUAAAUUAGUGUUUUACGGAUGCAUUUUCAUAAUUUCUAUUAAUGUAUUUAUUUUUAUCUUGUAUCACCCUGUUAAGCAGUGUACAAUUAUUCAGCGCUUUCCUAACAUUUCCUUAAUGCCUAUUUGACAAACCACCAACGGCUACUAACUUCAUUUCAGAUAUGGCGUUUCCUGGUUCUUUUCGUCAUCGUUGUCAACAGAAAAAGACUCGAGAUGGCCACCACAUCGCCUCAUCUUAACUGGUUGAUUAUCCGCAACAACAACUCCUUCCUCUUGAAGAAGCGUGAUGUGAAGAAACCUUUCAGCACUGAGGCCAACAAUUUGACCAAUGUGAGCUCUUUCCGCUACAGCGGCUUGGUACACAAAAAAACCGUUGGUGUUGUACCAGCUGCCGACAAGAAAGGAUUCUCGGUCGUUUUGAAGAAGGGCAAAUAUGCUCAACGCCCCGCUAAGAACACAGUACGUGUUUCAUUCAAGUCAGGCCCCAGAAGGUCAUUGAAAAAACUGAGGAACCUUUUGACCGGUGCUAAAUACCGCAAGGACUUGACACAGGCUGCUCUACGCCGUGCGUCUGCCGUGCUUGCAUCGCAAAAGGCUGUCCCAGCUAAAAAUGUAAAGAAGCCUGAAUAAAUCCAAAAAUUCGAUUUUGUGAAUUGAGUUUGUAUUUUACAAAGUUGAAUAAAACAUUAAUAAUUUGUAAUUCUGUAAUUUACUACACAAUAUGGUACGAAAAGUCUCGUUCUCAUGACAGUCAAAUUGUAGGGAGUAUUUUAAUUGUUACAAAAAAUAAAAUACUGAAUGAAAGUGAAAAA